CAUUAAUGGUGGUGAUGCCAACGGUAGCAAGUAAUGGGCGAUCGCGAGGAUUUUGUUGCCAGCCUCUUCUCUACAGAGGGCCGAGAAAUUCAUGGGGGUUUCCGAAGAAAUUGAUUUUGUCAAGAACAUUGAUUUCUUCGCCAUCGUUGUCGAUCCAGAGCGGAGGUAAUUUGAAGCAGUUUGUGUCUCCAAAUGUGUCAUCACAGAGCCUGGCAAUUGAACUUCUUGAUGCAUGGGAUGAUGAGUAUAAUGGGGUGGUGGUUGAUACCAACAGCUUGCCAUCUAGUGCUAAUGCUUUUGCAUCUGCUCUUCAGGCUUCUCUGUGCAACUGGAAGUUGAAGGGGAAGAAGGGGAUAUGGCUAAAGAUACUAGAAGACCAAGCUGAUCUUGUCCCAAUUGCAAUUCAGGAGGGUUUUCGUUACCACCAUGCGGAACCCGGAUAUGUGAUGCUAACGUGCUGGAUUCCUGCUGAGCCUUGCAUGCUUCCUGCAAGUCCUUCUCAUCAAAUUGGUGUGGGAGGAUUUGUUAUCAAUGACAAAAGAGAGGUACUAGUUGUGAAAGAAAAAUGUUCUUGCAGUUGCUCUGGUGUUUGGAAAUUGCCUACUGGAUAUAUUAACAAGUCUGAAGAUAUAUUCUCAGGAGUCGUAAGAGAAGUGAAAGAAGAAACUGGUGUUGACACAAUUUUCCUGGAAAUGGUUGCUUUCAGGCAUGUACAUCAGGUGGCUCUGGAUAAAUCGGAUUUGCUCUUUGUGUGCAUGCUUAAGCCAUUAUCUUUUGAGAUCACCAUUGAUGAGGAGGAAAUUCAAGCUGCUAAGUGGAUGCCUCUGGAUGAAUUUAUUGGACAAAAAUUUUAUGAAGACGAUCCAAUGUCGGAAAGGGUCAUCGAUGUUUGUAUUGCAGCAUAUCAAGAACAUUACAAUGGCUUCACUGCUCAUCAGCUGGUCUCAAAAUUUGAUGGGAAAAUGUGUUACUUGUACUAUGAUUCUACAAACAAUGUUUAAUCCCUCCC